AUGUCGUACGAUGACGUAGAAAUCGAAGACAUGGAGUGGAACGAGGAGUUGCAGUCAUACACGUAUCCUUGUCCAUGCGGGGACCUGUUCCAGAUCACAAAGGAAGAUCUCAAGCUUGGCGAGGAGAUCGCUCGCUGCCCUAGUUGUUCCCUCUACAUCACUGUUAUCUACAACAUGGAAGAUUUUCUAGGCGAUUCUGAUCAAAAUAGAACAAACAAGGGUCUUCAGCCCUCCAAACAACAACCUGUCACCGUUGCUUGA